AUGGCCUACUUUUAUGCUGGCAAGAGGCAGGAGUCCCAGGAUGCAGAAAUGGAGGCAACCCGCACUGCCCAGCUUAUCCUCGAGCACUGCCCUCAUGCCAGGGAACUAUGGUACCAUCCAGAUCGAGUCUGGGGUCUAAGCAAGAAUCCCCUUCAGGAGUUGCCUGGUGUCGGGACAGAGAUAAUGAUAAUGCUUCGCCAUGUGCUCCACCCACGCCUAACAAUGAUGCAGGUUACGCGGCCAUUCCCAUCUUAUAUUGACCAGCCAUUCUCGCCGAAUCUCCAGUAUCUUGUGCUAGACCUGAAGCUUGUCCCGGAGUUUGUGCACUUACCGCCUAUCCCUACAGACAGCAUGAGCCAUCUUGAACUAAGCGGAAUCUCGAACGGCAUCAACUGGGGUCCUGUUCAAGACUGGACCAGACAGAAGGGUGCAUUUCCCAAACCUCCAGACGCUCGUGAUGCGGUUUAA